UUCUUCAAGUUUCUCCUUCUUUUUCCUUCUCAUAGCAGAAACGUGGAAAACAGAGGAGUAAACAAAACAAAAAAAAAGAGAUGAAUAUUUUAUUAAGACAAGUCUUGCUUCGCAUACAUCAACCCUGUGUAGUAAAGCUUUCAUCACCACUACUUCUGUGUCAAAGCCGAUUGAUACACGUUUUUUCAACUUUCUCGGAACCAGCUCCUGAGCAGAGAAAAGAGCAGUCAGCUGAAGCUGGAGUUAAGUUGGUGGUACAGAAUACGGAAACAGACAGCUUUAUUUCACCUAAAGAUGAUCCUCGUUUCCGUUACGGAGAUGUUCUUAUAAUUAAUAGUCGCAAAGGCGAAAGACAGCUCAUAGGGCCGUUAAAGAAAGGGGCAUAUAAGGAUCAACACGUAGGGCGAUUGAAUCACGAUGAUAUUGUUGGGCUUUUGCCAUUAACGACUGUCGAAACUAAAACAGGCACCAAGUUUACGUUGCACUGGCCAAGUCUGGAUGAAUAUUGCACAAAAGUCAAACGUCAAGCGAAUAUUAUGUAUCCCAAAGAUGCAACAUCUGCAGUUCACUUGCUCGAUCUCUUUCCUGGAGCUCACGUUCUUGAAGCUGGAACUGGUAACGGGUCCAUGACUCUCUAUAUCCAGAGGGCAAUCCAAGCUCCUGGAUCUCAUCUUGACACGGUUGAUAUUCGAAGUCUCCAUUCGAAGCAGGCGGAAGAAAAUGUAGAGCACUUCUGGAGAGGACUUUAUCGUCCUGGGAUCAUCUUUUGGAGAUCCCUAGGGGGUUUGAAGAGAGUUAUCCGACAUCUCAAGGGUGAGCCAUUGGAGACAGAGGCAGAGGUCCAAGCUGCCGCUGAAGCUGAACUCUUUCAUGAAGAUGGAAGGCCCUUAUCAGCACUGGAACUUCGACGAAAAAGGCUCAUGUCAGAAAAAGAAGCUCUCCUGCCAAAUCCACAUCCACCAGGCCAUCAAUAUGAUGCCAUCGUCUUGGACUUGCCAGAUUGUAAAUCUGUGUUAGUGGACUUGGUGCCGUUGUUGAAAUCAGACCGACCCAUGUGUUUGUAUAUGGUUAACAUGUCCCAGAUCUUGGAGUUGGUGCAGUGGAUGCGGGGGAACGAAUGUGGCUUGACUGUAGAGAAAGUGCUCGAGAUUGAUUGGAAGGAAUGGAGUGUUCGAUCCGCAGCGGUGAGGAGUAAGGUCAGGGGUAGAGUUCAUGUAGGAGGAUUCGGCAACGUCUCUCCAAUCCAGAAAACCACGAAUAGAGGUGAGGCUGACAUUAAAGAAACAGUAAAAUCGAAUGGAGAAUAUACAACCGCAGCUGACAACAUCCCUGAUGACGCCGUUGGUUGGAUCUGCAGGCCACUUCACAUGCCUAUCGGACAUACGGGCUUCUUGGUUCAGUUGCGCAAGACAGUUUGAGAUUCCCAUUUGUACAACAGAAAAAGCAUACUUUAAUAAAUGUACCAAAGCAAUAAAAAAAAAAGGGAGGAAGGGAUG